UCCGAUUCAGAACAACAAGAAUAAUAGUAAUAAUCAAACGACGGUGAGUCCGUUGAUAGCAGGAGAUGCUGCUUCUGUUAGUCUUCAAGAACUCUGUCAGGAAGGAGUAAUUACUAUCGGUGAUGAAUUACAUUACAAACGGUCUUUUAAUAAGGCCAAACAUGUCGUGGAAGGGACCUACAAAGUAGUUGAGAUUAGAGAAGACGGCACGUUAAUAGUAGAACAUAACAAACCACCUAUUGACAUCAGCGCACCAAUUACCAAUAUCAACACUAAUCCUAGUCUCACCACUGCGACGACUGGUUUAUUUGCCGUCACGAGACUAAACACACUCGAGACCAAGGUCAUUGAGGACGACGGUCACGUAAAAAAAGACCAACGUCCCAACGGCAAUGCGUAUAAAAAUUUCCGCGUUGUUCGUGCUGGCCGAGAUCUCGGCACCAUCUUUGGGCUAAGAUCCGAAUACGCGCAAAAAAAGAAAAAGGAUUAA